UCAGGAGUGCUGCGUUUAUUUCCUUACAGGAGGAAACCUCAGCUGACUGCAUUGCCAUUUGGAAGAUGAAUAGCUGGACAAAGUUGUUUUUCUUUUCCGGUCGCCUGGAUCAGCUGUCCCCGCCUCCUCUCCCUCCCACCCAAACCCCUAGUCUGGAGCUUGUAUGGUACGUUCCGCACGUGAGCUGGGUGCUGGUCUGGCUGGCGACGCGCGUGCCCUGUGGCCAAACACUGAUCAGUGAGUGCAAACUACCCGCACAGUGUGUGACUGUGAGUGUAUGAGUGGGAGAGAGAGAGAGAGAGAGAGAGGGGAGACAAACUGCUUCACACUUUCCCCGGUGCACAAGAGAGACAGAGGCUGCAUGUGCACCGUUUUGCUCAAAGAUCUCCAAAGACUCUCAGCAUCCCACAGAUUCAAUCAAAAGCAACAACAAAAAAUCAGCUGUUGUCAAACAUGGAUGAAGGAAUCCCUCGUUUGCAAGACAGGCAGUUGCUAGAACAUGUGGAUUUUAUAGGACUGGACUAUCCAUCCUUAUAUUUGUGCAAACCCAAAAGAGGCAUGAAAAGAGACGAGAGUAAGGAAACAUACAAACUGCCACAUAGAUUGAUAGAAAAGAAGAGGCGAGACAGGAUUAAUGAAUGCAUUGCUCAGCUAAAAGAUUUAUUACCAGAGCAUCUGAAAUUGACGACAUUGGGGCAUCUGGAGAAAGCUGUAGUUUUGGAAUUAACUUUGAAACACUUGAAAGCUUUAACAGCCUUAACGGAGCAACAGCAUCAGAAUAUAAUUGCUUUACAGAAUGGGGAGCGGUCUAUGAAGUCCCCCAUUCAGUGCGACCUGGAUGCUUUCCAUUCGGGAUUUCAAACGUGCGCCAAAGAAGUCUUGCAAUACCUCUCCAGGUUUGAAAGCUGGACUCCCAGAGAGCAGAGAUGUGCCCAGCUCGUCAACCAUCUGCACGCGGUUUCCACUCAGUUCUUACCCAGCCCCCAGCUGUUGACUCCACAGGUCCCUGUGAGCAAAGGAUCCUCCUCCUCCUCCUCCUCCUCCUGUGCACAAGAUCGCACCGGGCAAAAGCUGGAGGCUCAGACUAACUGCGUCCCCGUCAUCCAGCGGACUCACCCGCCCGUGGAGCUCGGCGGGGAGAACGACACCGACACGGAUAGCGGCUAUGGCGGGGAGAGCGAGGGCCGGCCGGAUCGCGAGAAAGGCCAAGCGGCGGGGCUGCCCGGCGUGACUAUCAAACAGGAGCCAGCCGGGGACCAGGCCCCAGCGCCCAAGAGGCUGAAGCUGGAUGGCAGCAGCGCCACGCUCCCUGCUGCAGCCGCCGCCGCCGCUGCCGGGCUGAGCCCGGAUCACCAGGCAGCUGCUGCCCUGCUGAGACCCGACGCCGCCCUGCUCAGCUCCCUCAUGGCCUUUGGCGGGGGCGGGGCUGCUUUUGGCCAGCAAGCCGCCGCCGCCGCCGCCCCCCUUUGCCUGCCCUUCUACUUCAUCUCCCCCUCCGCGGCCGCGGCCUACAUGCAGCCCUUGCUGGACAAGAGCAACCUGGAGAAAUAUCUGUACCCGGCCGCCGCCCCGAUCCCUUUGCUCUACUCGGGAAUCCCGGCCCAGGCCGCCGCCGCCGCCUUCCCCUGCCUGUCCUCGGUGCUGGCGCCGGCUGAUAAGGCGAACGCAGCCGCCGCCGCCGCCGCGGCCCUUCUGCCUCUUGACCUGGUCUCUGCCGGGCAGCACCUGCCCCAUCUCUUCGCUGCUGCCUGCGAGACUGGGCCCAGCCUGGACAGUGACCUUCCCUCCCCGGAAGAUCUUUUGCAGCCCGGAAAGGAAAGCCCCUGAACGGUGCUGCAGGACAUAGGAAUCAGCCCACCCAUGCUCCCUAGUAGGGAGGGAGAAGGAGCCCAUCCUAAUAAAUAAUAACAGCGACAAUCAGAAACAACCCACCCACCCACUUUGUGGUUUUAAAGGAGAAAGUGUAAUAGAGUUGCACGAUGUU